AUGCCCAACGCUCCCGACUAUACUCGACAUGACUAUGCACUCAAUCAGAUUCUUGAAGAUCCAGAAGAAUCAGUCUCGCCGCGGUCGAUUCCGGGAGAUUCAAUUCCGCCCACUGACUCUGGUGCACGCACUCCCACCCAGAGCGCACGCAGUGGCAGUUCAAGGCGCGCCAAGAGCACAAGGACGGGCACUACGAACCUUUCACGCACUGAAGAUCUUCACACACCCAAUAGCUCAGAGGGCGGAAUGGAGAGGACCAGCACGACAUCGGUUGAGAAGCGGCACACCGAUCGCAAAGGGGGUCGCCGCCAUAUUAUCCACGAGAAAAUCGUCACACAUGAAACUCGAGGUAGCGGCCAGCCGACAUCACGUCACCACACCAUCGUCAUAACGGAUCCAGAUGCUGCUGAUCGCAGAGAGAGACGCAGGGCCGAGCGGGAGGCACAGCAGGCACGACGGGCUGAGCGCGAGCUCAUUCGGGAACAGCGAAGAGAACGCCGUGAACGUUCGGAAGCACGUAAAGCCCAUUCUCGUGACCUUGAGAGAGUCAUUGCCGCGCUUCAGCACCACUCUCGAUCCCGCUCUUCUUCCAGGCGAAGCCCAAUCACUCCUACCACUCGGUCUGGAAUCGGUCUCGAAGAGGAACUCGAACGGCUAAAAUUCGCGUUGGCUGAAUCUGAAAAGGACUCGGAGGGUUUACGAACUAAGCUUCGUGAUCUGACGGAUCGAUUGGACAUCGAGUCGAAGCGCGCAAACAAGGCCGAGGCCCGGUACAGGGAAUAUACACAACAGUUACGGAGUGCCGAGAUAGCCAAGAAGAAAGCUGAAGCAGAUGCAACACGCGAGUCCGAGGAGUCGGCCAGGCUGAAGAUUAUCUACGAGACCGCUCGGGCACAGCAGGAGCAUAUCCAGCAGGAGCUAGAUGCUCUACAGCAAGAGCGCGACGAAGCUGAGCAGCUUGCCGCUGACGCGAGAACCAAGGCGCGCAAGUUUCAUGAAGAGUUGAUUGCUGCCCAGGCACGAGAAGUAGGCCGAAGGGAAGGUCGACGUGAAGGUCGACGAGAGCACAAGCAUCGUCAUCGUGAAAAGGAAAAGGAAAAGGUGGUCGAAAGGAUUAUUGAGAGGAUUCAGCCGGAGCAGCCGACACCUCCAGUCGUUACAGAGAGUGUGGUCUACGAUGAGGAGGAGGGUACUACGUCACAACGUACUACGCCACGUGCUCUAACACCUGAGCUACCACAAGAGCGCACUCCACCCCCGCCCCCGCCAAUCAUUCCACCUCAGAAUUACUCCCCUAUUGAUCAUCACUCCGAACCCGAUACCGAACUACCUGAUUUGCCAGACCCUCCACAAGGUAUCCAAAUGCCGGAGGUCAUCGACCCUGCACCAUUGCCUCCCAUCGGAGGUUCUGCCUGGUCUAACUUAAGGAACAAGAUUGGCGGGAAGCUCAAACGCACGAAUUCACGUUCCGACAGUUAUUCUCAGGACUCAUAUCUAGAUGACCCAGGCAUGUAUGGAGCUGGUCGACCUACGUAUUCGACCAGCAACCGCGACAACCCUUCCCGAUCAGACGUCCUCUCCAGAUCGCAAUUUGCCUCUCCGGACCGCGAUAUCCCUUCGCGAUCUCACUAUGGCCAUCCAGACCGUGAUAUUCCUUCUCGAUCUCAUUACAGCCAUGUAGAGCGUGAUCAACCCUCUAGAUCCCAAUAUGCUCCAGACCGCGAUAUACCGUCUCGAUCACAGUACACCCAUGAUCUGUCUCCUACCUCAGACCGGUAUAUUCCCCCACCGCCACCUCCCCCGGUCGUUCCUAUGACUGGUAUGACUGGUAUGACUGGUAUGACUGGUAUGUCCGGUAUGUCCGGUAUGACUGGUAUGACUGGUAUGACGAGUAUGGCUGGCGUCGGCUCUAUGUCUGGCAUGGGUUCACUAUCUGGCAUAAAUGGUAUGACCGGCUUGACGACUCUGGUACCUGGCCCUGGCACCGGACCAGGCGCUGGUCCAGGCACUGGUCCCGUAGCUGGGCCUUCAAGUCUACAUGUCCCCCAGGCUCCACAGGAAAUCAAGGCGUCUCGCAAGGCAUCUCGACGUAAUAAAUCCAACAUUCCUCCCCCUCAACCAAUUUUCUCUUCGGCUCCUCCAACUGCCCCCGAAGCUCCCAUCCAUCCUGUGCCCUACAACAAUGCUUUGGCAUCCCCUUGGCACCAUAAGCCCGGGGUCAUCCUCCACGAGGGUUGGAUUCCUGAAGCUGAUGGUGAAGGACAUAUUGACAUCCCUCCUCCACACGAGAUUCACCCUUCCCCGCUUCUCGUCGAUAACGAACUCGGAGAACGCUCUUUGCAUCCAAUUGUUCCGAAUGCGCCGGUUCACAAGACUCCCAAACACCGUGCCGGAUCACAGCCUACAGCUCCUUAUACCCCCAUGGUUUUCCCUGAUGACCAUUCCGAAGAUUACUCGGACGACAUCGAUAUCCCUAUUGCGGACGCGCCGAAUUUUGAUCCUCUGGCGGUUCGCACACCAGCGCACUUUGGUCGGCCAUUAUCGGUCAUCCCUGAGUUAUCGCCCGAGUACCAGGCCCCACCUAUUCCAGAGGCCCCAUUACCGAGCGGGAGACAUUCAACGCGAAGCAAGUACUCACAACCAACCUACAGGCAAGAGUCGGACGACCGCAGUGCGACAGUUUCGGUUGAGAGUGGGGCAGCAGGAGAUGCGAGUGUCUAUCAAUCGAUUCGUCGUCGUCCCUCUUCACUUACCCCGACCUCGCCUGCACCACCUGUCGUCCAACAACACGUGUCGGAUGACCCUCGUACACCACCACCACCUAUUGUUCCGAAUGCCAUUAUCCCAGUUGGACCGAUUAGCCCCGAAUCUGUGCCUCCAGUACCUCGGAAGACCAAGGCGGAUCGUCACCGAGCUCGGGAGGCCGAGCGCGCACAAGAGAACGCAUGGGAAAGGGCCGAAAGGGAACGCACUCGCCAAGCACGAGCACAGGAGCUCUUGGAGCACGAACGGAAGCAAAAGGAACUGGAGCGUGGGGUGCAAGAGCAACAUGUACGGGAGGCACGGGACAUCGAGUACCGACAGGAGCGCGAACGAAAAGAACGCGAGCGGGAGGAAAAGUACCGUGAACGCGAACGAAAGGACAGCGAGCGCGCAAGGAAGGACAGAGAACGGGAACAGAGAGCGCAGGAGAAGGAGCGAAGACGCCAAGAACGAGAGAGUCGGAGCAGGACUGAACGUCGUUACGAUUCGACGCCCGCCUUACCCAUUGUACCACCCAACCCCGUUGUAUCACCGAGCCCCACACCAGAAACGCCGCCGCACGAAGCCCCCGCUCCAGUCAUCCCUCUAAGUGAGGAUAGGCAAAUCACCUUCCCUAUGCCGCAUAUCGUACCUCCGCCAGAGCAGAUUGUUGGUGCACCGGCGGCAAUAGUUGAACCCCCCUCGUUGAUUGUACAAGGGCCAUCAAGGAUCGGAGAAGGGCCCUCGAGGAUUGUAGGGGGGCCAGCGCGAAUCGUAGAGCCACCCGCGCAUAUUGGAGAAGGGCCUUCGAGGAUUGUGGGGCCCCCAUCACGUAUUGGGGAAGGCCCUGCUCGUAUUGGGGAAGGCCCUGCUCGCAUUGGGGAAGGGCCUUCGUAUGUAGCUCGACCUUCAGAGAAGAUUGUACUGCCCCACAUCGUCCCCCCUCCUCCCAUUCCCGAUGACCAUUACACCCCCUACUCUCCUGCUAGUGGGCCUGGAAGUGCAGGUACAGGUCCUGGGCGUCGCUCUUAUAACUACGCCCCUGCAACUUCUGCAACGCCCAUUACUCCUCGCACUCAAACUCUCCCUAUGAAGAUGCCCUCUCCCGAGCCAUGGUAUGACCCCGAAAAUCCUAGACGCCGGGCAGACGCAGAUGAGGCAGCGAUCAAUGCUUACGUCCGUGCAGUGGAACAAGCCAGGAAGCUACAGACGGGCGAGGAUGACGAUGAAGAAGACGAGGAGGUGCAGCGCCAAAUGAAGGCCAAAUUCGGGAAUCUUAGUGGAAAUGAUUCCGAUGAUUAUGAGAACGGCGAGGGUGAGGAGGGUGAGGAGGGUGAGGAGGAUGAAGAGGAUGAAGAAGACAGCGAGGAGGAUGUUUCUGAGGAAUCGGAGUCGAGCGCUGAGUCGAGCGAGCUAACCGUGUCUGAUAACCGGCAGCAUAGUUCGAUCAAUGGCGAUUUAUACUAUCCUCCAAGCAUUCCCUCCAGCUAUCACCCAAACUAUGAACGAGACAACCGAUCAGUGGGUACUAGCGCCCCCAGUAUAGUCCUUCAACCUCCGUCAAGCGAAUCAAAUGUUUCAUCCGAAGGGUCCCAGAUUUCGGACCAACCAGACCCACGAAUGCUGGGACCAGUCUACCAGCCCGCUCCCCGCCAGACCGACCACUUAUACGAUCCUGCCGAGCUCGAAAGUCUCGAGGAUGAGCCACUUGACUUGAGCGGUGUCCCCGUUCCGGGGGCUGGAGGUUUGGAUACCUACUCGGGAUCGGUGGCUUCUCCCGUCUCUCGACAGUACGGGCAUCCCUCGGAUUACAUUAACCCGCAUCAUAUACCCAGGCACAGCUCGGCAUCGGUCAAUCGACCCCCGCCGCUCGCUAAUGAUUCAAGCUAUAAUUCACGAUGGGCGCCUGCCCGACCUCCUAGUACAGGCUAUCAACCACCAGGUCUCCCUGAUUUUGGCAACUUUGACGGAGAACUGGAUCAUGUGAAAUACCAGCAAGAUUACCGUCCUCCUCGCUCGCAUACGACUCGCUCUUCCGGUCGUUCCUCCGCAAGCAGCGUCAGUCGACCGGGUGUCCCCAUGAUACCUCAGUCCGUUGUUAUAACCCCUGCCAACACAAGCCAACCAAGCACGCAACGGACCACGACCGCCGACCUCACCCCUGAAAAGACCCCCAGCUCGAGCCAUUUGCCAACACCUGGUUUUGCUACUCGAAUAGGUGCAGGUCUUAGUGGACUUGGGUUCAGUCGACCAGGCUUCAUGCGCUCUCCCAGUGCCCAGCAAACCACAGCACCGCCUCCAGUGACCGCCCCUGUGACGGACCCCGGACCACCAGUCAUACCAGCACCCGUACCAAAUCGAUCGCCCAUGCCACCCCAGGGAGGCUCACGCGCCCCUUCAGGGAUGGGUACCCGUCCCGAAAUAAACAGAGUGAGAAACACGCUGGGACCAACCCUUCAAGUGCCCAUGGCUGGGAUGGGGUCCCCAAACAGGCCAAACGUUGUGGCCAGUAAGCCUCCGCCCCAGCAGCCCAAAGGCUUCCCUCUAACACGGCCCGACUCUCGAUUUACAGAUCGCAACAAGAAUAAGACGAGGGCCCAGGUCGAGGCGUUCCAGGCCCUGAGAGAGGAACAAGAUUUGGAACGCCAACGCCAGUGGGAUGUUGAUCAUGUUGGCGACGGUGCGGAAAAGAGUAGACCAUCCUCACCUCAAGGGUCAGUAAGGAGUAGGAAAUCUAGGGCAGUAACAGUUGUUUCAGCGUCGGACGAGGAUGACUGGACAACUGGCCGCUCACUGAAAGGAAGGCCGCUUUGA